GAUGCAGCGCUCAUACAGGAGGAGACGAAAUCAAAACAGAAGGCCAUGCUUACGAAAAAUGUGUUAGUCUGAAGCUUCACUUUUGAGAAUGGAUAAAACAGGUGAUGUUGGUAUCAGACGGAACCAAUGGCAGAGACUGUUCAGGUGGCAGCGGAGGCAGAAAGUAACUGAGGAAGGAGAAGAUGGAGUCAAGGAUGAAGGGAAACAGAAUGCCAGUGUGGAUUCCAAGUUGAAAGUUAACUGGAAAGAGUGGGUGGUUGAUCCGGCAGACCAGUUUUAUUACGUCUGGCUACAGAUUAUGAUCUUUCCCAUUGUGUACAACUGGGUGAUCAUCAUUCUGAGGACAUGUUUCACUACAAUUGCAAUGAGCUACCUGCCUGUGUGGCUCACACUGGACUAUCUGGCAGACCUCAUGUAUAUGAUUGACAUGGUCAUCAUUGUUCACACAGGUUACUUGGAUCAGGGCAUCCUGAUCAAGGACCUAACUCAGCUGAAGAAGCACUACCUGCACUCCAAACAUUUCCUAAGGGACCUUGUUUCCUUGCUGCCCACUGACUUCCUCUACUUUGUCUUUGGCAUCCAAACUCCGCUGGUAAGGAUCAACCGCUUCCUGCGCCUGCCACGACUCAACGAGGCCCUGGAUCGCAUGGAGACGAGGACCUCCUACCCCAACACCUUCCGCAUCUCCAAACUCAUGAUCUACAUCUUUGUGUUGAUCCACUGGAAUGCCUGUCUUUACUUUGCUCUGUCCAACUACAUCGGCUUUGGAAGUGAUCGUUGGGUUUACCCCAACAUCACCAACCCGAAGUUUGCCUCCAUGCGUCGGCAGUACUUUUACUGCUUCUGGUUCUCUGCUCAGAUUUUCACCACAGUGGGAGACACCCCUUUGCCAAAAAGGGAAGAGGAGUACUUGUUUAUGAUUGCAGACCUGCUCAUUGCCGUGUUGGUGUUUGCAUCGAUUGUUGGCAAUGUUGGUAAUGUCAUCACGAGUCUGAGGGACCGUGAUAAUGUCUUCUUCCCUAACCAUGAGCUGGUGAAGGCUUACCUGCGUAGCCAUCACAUUAGCAAGGAACUUCGACAGCGUAUCGACAACUGGUACCAGCAUCUUCACAUCAACAAGAAGAUCAUGCGAGAGAAUGAAAUCCUGCAGCAGCUGCCCGUACACCUGAGGACAGAGAUUGCUGUCAGCGUUCAUCUCCCCACACUCUCCAAAGUCACCAUCUUCCAGAGCUGUGAGAAGAGUCUGUUGGAGGAGCUGGUGCUUAAACUAACACCUCAGGUGUUCAGUCCAGGAGAGUACGUUUGCAGGAAAGGAGACGUGGGCCAUGAAAUGUACAUCAUCAAAGAAGGGAAACUUGCAGUUGUAGCAGAUGAUGGGGUCACAGAGUAUGCUGUGCUGAGUGAAUCAAAUUUCUUUGGGGAAAUUAGUAUCCUCAAUAUCAAAGGUAACAGGUCAGGCAACCGUCGCACCGCCAACAUCCGAAGCAUCGGCUACUCUGACCUCUUCAGCCUGUCCAAAGAAGACCUGACAGACGUGUUAUCUGAGUUCCCCGCAGCCAAACGUCACCUGGAGGAGAAAGGCAGACAGAUCCUCACCAAGAUGGGCAUGUUGGAGGACAGCGGAGAGGCGGAGGAGGGGGAGGCAGAGCAAGUGGAAAUCAAGAUAAACAGGCUCGAGAGCAACCUGGAAGUCCUGCAGACAAAACUAGCUCGACUCAUGGUGGAAUUAGAGUCGAGCCACCGCAAGAUGCAGGCCAGGGUGGAGCAGCUGGAGUGGGAGGUGGCAGCACUGGAGACACAGCUGCCAGAGGAUGGAGAGGAUGGAGAAAGAGCCCAGGGAAGAGGUGAAGGGGUGGGAGGGGAGGUCGGAUGGGAACGGGAAGAGGCAGAGGGAGAGGAGGAGGGCUCAGAUGCAAAGGUGAAAAAACAGGGACAGGGAGAGGAUGGUAACGAUGUGACCAAAGAGGGAGAUGGAGAGAGCACUAAAAGCACAAAGGAAGAUGUGGAGAGGAUGGUGGAGGGAGAUAAAUCUGGGCUGAAAGACCCCGAUAAUCAGGAGAAGAAAAAAGAAGAUGGUGGAGAGAAAAACAGAGAGAAAGGAGACGACCGGCCUGGGAAGGGAGACGGGGCUGAGAUUGAACCUAAAGAUAAGAAAGAAGAGACAAGUGGAGAGAGAGAAUCUGAAGAGGGGAGAGAAAAGGCUGAAGAAGACUCAGAGAUGGAGCAGAAAGAUGAAGGAUGGCAGCAUUGUAUCCCCCACUACUGA